AUGGCCACACAAAUUUCUGGGCGAAACUCGAUUGUUACUUUACACUUGUUUCAAGAAGUUACAAUGCAUUUGAAAACUCUCUCAAAUCUUCUCGCCUUUGCGGCUACCAUUGCAGCUCAUGGAUAUGUUGACAAUGUGACGAUUAAUGGGAUUCUCUACACCCCAAACUCAGAUCCCUACUACGCCACACCACCCCCGCGUAUCGUCCGUCCAGUCCAAGGCAACGGUCCCAUCACAGAUCUAACUCUCAUCGAUCUCCAAUGUGGCGGUUACUCCGAAGGAGGAAUCGUAGGUUCUAAACCAGCUAAUUUAACAGGGGGUCCUGUUGCGGCUGGAAGUACGGUUAGUUUAAGAUGGACGCUUUGGCCUGAGAGUCAUUCCGGACCCGUAAUUACGUAUAUGGCGAAAUGUCCAGCUGCGGGUUGUAGUACUUAUUUACCCGGCACUGACGCCGUCUGGUUCAAAGUCCAAGCCACAGGACGCAUAGGCAACUCCUCCGUCUGGGGCGACACACCCCUCAUGACAGCCGGAAACUCCUAUUCCUACACGAUACCCUCCUGUCUAGCCGCGGGAUCGUACCUCGUGCGCCAUGAAAUCAUCGCUUUGCAUGCUGCGUGGACAUAUCCUGGUGCGCAGUUCUAUCCGUCUUGUCACCAGAUACAAGUUACGGGCACUGGUACUAGUACGGGUCCUAGUAGUAAAGUGUCUAUUCCGGGCGUUUAUACACCGACUGAUCCGGGGAUUACGUGGGAGGAGGCUGAAGGAUGGGAUGGGAUGGGAUGGGAUGAGAGGGUGAGGAAGGGAGAAAGAAUUAUGAUGGUGGAGUAUCUGAUAGUACGUGAUGAAAGAUGUUGUACAUAUGUUGAUAUUCGCCGUCAAGUUGAGAGAACCAGAGUGAUGAAAGAUGUGCAAUUUGACAGUAGCUUUUCUUGA